AUGGCUUCCAACGACAAGGGUUUGGAGGAGAUCCCCGAGGGUCAGAUCGAAUCCAACUACGAUGAGGUCACCGACUCCUUCGAUUCUAUGAACCUCAACGCUGAGCUCCUUCGCGGUGUCUACGCCUAUGGUUUCGAGCGUCCCUCUGCUAUCCAGCAGCGUGCUAUUAUGCCCAUCAUCAAGGGUAACGAUGUGAUUGCUCAGGCUCAGUCCGGUACUGGAAAGACCGCCACCUUCUCCAUCUCCGCCCUCCAGAAGAUCGACCCCAAGGUCAAGGGUUGCCAGGCCCUCAUCCUCGCUCCCACUCGCGAGUUGGCCCAGCAGAUUCAGAAGGUCGUUGUCGCCAUUGGUGACUUCAUGUCGAUUGAGUGCCACGCCUGUAUUGGUGGUACCAACGUCCGUGACGACAUGAAGGCUCUCAGUGAAGGUCCUCAGGUCGUUGUCGGUACCCCCGGCCGUGUCCACGACAUGAUCCAGCGCCGUGUCCUCAAGACCGACAGCAUGAAGCUCUUCAUCCUCGACGAGGCUGAUGAGAUGUUGUCCCGUGGUUUCACCGAGCAAAUCUACGACAUCUUCCAGCUCCUCCCCCAGGCCACCCAGGUUACCCUCCUUUCGGCCACCAUGCCCCAGGAUGUCCUGGAGGUGACCACCAAGUUCAUGCGUGACCCCGUCCGCAUCCUGGUCAAGAAGCAGGAACUUACCCUCGAAGGUAUCAAGCAGUUCUACAUUGCCGUUGAGAAGGAAGACUGGAAGCUCGACACCCUCUCCGACUUGUACGAGACUGUCACCAUCACCCAGGCCGUCAUCUUCUGCAACACCCGCCGAAAGGUCGACUGGCUCACCGACAAGCUCACUGCCCGUGACUUCACUGUCUCUGCCAUGCACGGUGACAUGGAACAGGGUCAGCGUGAUGUUAUCAUGAAGGAGUUCCGCUCUGGAUCUUCUCGUGUCCUGAUCGCCACUGACCUUCUGGCCCGUGGUAUCGAUGUCCAGCAGGUUUCCCUGGUCAUCAACUACGACUUGCCCGCCAACCGUGAGAACUACAUUCACCGUAUCGGUCGUGGUGGUCGUUUCGGUCGUAAGGGUGUUGCCAUCAACUUCGUCACCGCUGACGAUGUCCGUAUGAUGCGUGAGAUCGAGCAGUUCUACAGCACCCAGAUCGAGGAGAUGCCCAUGAACGUUGCCGACCUUAUCUAA